AUAUGGGCAAGUUUCCCAAGCCUCCUUAUAUAUAAUAAACGGCAUGACAAGACAGACUGGCCAUCAGUUCGACCUAGAGGGCCAAGCGGAGAGGGGAGCUUGAGACAACAUAGCCUCUGGAGCUCUGGUCCCAUAAUCCACCAUGUGUGACGACGACGCAACUGCACUCGUGUGCGACAAUGGAUCUGGUCUCUGCAAGGCUGGAUUCGCAGGCGACGACGCCCCUCGCGCGGUAUUCCCGUCCAUUGUGGGUCGCCCUCGUCACCAGGGUGUGAUGGUCGGUAUGGGUCAGAAGGACGCCUACGUCGGCGAUGAGGCCCAGAGCAAGAGAGGUAUCUUAACCCUCAAGUACCCCAUCGAGCACGGCAUCAUCACCAACUGGGACGACAUGGAGAAGGUCUGGCACCACACUUUUUACAACGAACUGAGAAUCGCACCGGAAGAGUCUCCCGUCCUGCUGACGGAGGCUCCUCUCAACCCGAAGGCCAACCGCGAGAAGAUGACCCAGAUCAUGUUCGAGACCUUCAGCGUCCCCGCCAUGUACGUCGCCAUCCAGGCCGUGCUGUCUCUCUACGCCUCUGGUCGUACCACCGGUAUCGUGUUGGAUUCUGGAGACGGCGUCUCUCACACUGUCCCCAUCUACGAAGGGUAUGCCUUGCCCCACGCUAUUAUGCGUCUUGACCUGGCCGGUCGUGACCUUAGCGACUACCUCAUGAAGAUCAUGACAGAGAGGGGCUACUCCUUCACCACGACAGCUGAGCGAGAGAUCGUCAGAGACAUCAAGGAAAAACUCUGCUACGUCGCCUUGGACUUCGAGAAUGAAAUGGCACAGGCAGCUGCCACGACCUCCCUGGAAAAGAGUUAUGAACUCCCAGAUGGUCAGGUGAUCACGAUUGGCAAUGAACGCUUCAGGUGCCCAGAGGCGUUAUUCCAGCCUUCCUUCCUGGGCAUGGAAUCCUCUGGCAUCCACGAGACAGUCUAUCAGUCCAUCAUGAAAUGCGAUGUCGAUAUCAGGAAGGACCUGUAUGCCAACACCGUCCUCUCUGGUGGUACCACCAUGUACCCUGGUAUUGCUGACAGGAUGCAGAAGGAAAUCACCGGUCUGGCUCCUUCCACCAUCAAGAUCAAGAUCAUCGCUCCCCCUGAGAGGAAGUACUCCGUCUGGAUCGGUGGCUCCAUCUUAGCCUCUCUGUCCACCUUCCAGGCGAUGUGGAUCACCAAAGAUGAAUACGACGAAUCAGGACCCGGCAUCGUCCACAGGAAAUGCUUCUAAAUGAUGAUGGUGUUUUCCUAAAAGCAGAGAUUUCCUUCCGUGCUUUUCCUAGUUCCAAAUGUCAUUCAUUCAGAUAAUUUCAUCUAACGUCUUUGAAUAUGAAGCUUUUUCUAAGUUGGUGCUCUGUCUUCUUCUGUCACCAUAUCAUCCAACCAUCCAAUGUUGUUCAGAUCAUAAAUAGAGUAUUUUUUAUAGUUUAAA